AUGGAAGAAACGAUACCAUACCCACAUAUUGAGCCCUCGAAUUUUGACCUUAUAGUCGUAGGAACAGGCCUGCCGGAAUCUAUUCUCGCCGCCGCUUCCUCCGCCGUCAACAAAACCGUCCUCCAACUGGAUCCCUACCCGUUGUACGGCUCUCACUAUGCCUCCCUUCCCCUCCAAGAUUUCAUAUCCUUCAUCAAAUCGCAGCAGCUUCAAUCUGAACCGUCUUCCAAUCCUCAAGUUCCUCAGACUGAACACGGCUCCGGAAAUCACGUUUGUGUCCCUCUUAUUACUCGCCCCCUUUACUCGUCACUGGAAAUCAACUCCUACUCCUCCGAGCCCCUCGAUAAUUCCAGAAAAUUCUGCCUCGAUUUGACGGGACCUCGGGUCCUGUUAUGCUCCGACCCUAUGAUUGAUUUGAUCCUCAAAACGGGCAUAAAUCAGUAUAUGGAAUUCAAGAGCGUGGAUGCUAGCUUCAUGAGUGAUGCGGAGGGAAAGUUGGGGACGGUGCCUGACUCACGGAGUGCCAUAUUUAAGGAUCGGAGUUUGUCAUUCACCGAGAAGAAUCAGUUGAUGAGGUUUUUCAAGCUAGUACAGGGGCAUUUCCUGAGCGAGAGCGAGGGUGAAGGGAGUGAUCUGAUCUCUGAGGAGGAUUUAGAGAGUCCGUUUGUGGAGUUUUUGACGAAAUUGGGACUAUCACAUAAGCUAAAAUCGAUUAUUUUGUACGCAAUAGUGAUGGCUAAUUAUGAUCAAGACAAUAUGGAGGUCUGUAAGGAUAUUAUCAAAACAAAAGAUGGGAUAAAUUAUUUAACACUUUACCACUCGUCAGUUGGCAGGUUUCCUAAUGCAAAUGGUGCUAUGAUUUAUCCCCUAUAUGGCCAAGGGGAGCUUCCACAAGCCUUUUGCCGUCGUGCAGCUGUGAAAGGGUGUAUUCAUGUUUUGCGAAUGCUUGUAAUUGCCCUACUCAUGGAUAAGGAUAGUGGGACUUAUAAAGGCGUCAAGUUAGUUUCUGGUCAAGAGUUAUUCAGCGCUCAGUUGAUUCUUGCCCCCUCUUUUAAGAUUACAUCAUCAUUAUCUCCUCUUUCUUCACAUGAGCUGAGUUCCCAUGAUUUGACCCUUCAAGAUGUCGAACAGAAGGUUGUGCGGGGAAUAUGCAUUACGAGGAAUUCCUUAAAACCAGAUGUAGCUAAUUGUCUGGUGUUAUUUCCUCCUGGAUCUUUGUGCUCAGAUCAGAAGAUGUCUGUUCGUGUUUUUCAGUUGAGUAGCAAUGUGGCUGUCUGCCCAUCUGGCAUGUUUGUGACUUAUCUUUCAGCACUGUGUGAUAAUGCUGUUGAAGGGAAGAAUUUACUGCAUUCAGCCAUAAAUGCUCUGUUUUCCGUGUCUAUUUCUGGUAAAUCUGACAAGGAUGAUCAAAGUGAAAUUACUGAAGUAAAACCCAGCCUGCUUUGGACUGCUUUGUAUCUGCAAGAGUUGACUAAGGGUGCAUUUGAAUCCAUCAACUAUAUGACAAUGCCGGAUGAACAUCUUCACUACAAUUGUCUUCUAGAUACAACAGCAAAGCUAUUCCAAAAAAUGUAUCCUGGUGAAGAAUUCUUCCCUAGGACAAAUCCAUCUGAUGAGUUUGCGGAUGAUGCUGGUUCGGAGUUGGAAACAUAGAGAAAUACCAGGUGGUUUCAAUUUGCUGGUCGAAUAUUUUCUGUGUUGCCCCAUGGUAGAGCAGCAGUGUUAUGAAUGUAGUAGCAUUAAGGUGAAAUAUGAACUUGCUUGCUUGCAUGGAUUGGCUCUGGGUACAGUUCUAAAACUGAAAUAUGCUGUGUUGUCACCAUGCGGAAUUGAAUCAAUAUCAGUUUUCAUCACCUGUGAUGUUUCAGGCAAUGGAAUUUUCUUAUCUUUUGUUGGUUGUUUGCAUUUGUAUUCUAGGCUUUGUAAACCAUGAAGUUAUCUUUGGAAGAGGAUUCUCCUGAUACUUGGAACUGCUUUGUAAACCAUAACGUUGGCCACUUGGCUGUGUCCUUCCUAGAUCAACUCGAAGCUCUUUAUAAUCAGACAUGGUCGACGACCCUAUAAUUUUCGCAAGGGCCCAGUCAAGGGGCGCUAAAAAUUAUAUUGUUGAA